AUGGAUUUUAAACUUGUUGCUAAGAUUGGUGGUGCCCUUGCUGUACUUACCAUCGUUUCAAACCUUAUUGCCACAUUAUUGCUUGGCUUCUCAAUUGCUUCAACAAUCGUCAGAAUCGUUACUGCAGUCAUUUGCCUUGUUUUAGGAUGUGUCUUCGCCUUCCUUACAUGGCGUGCUGAUGAAAAGGCUCCAAAGUAUUGCUACGGAUUUGCUGCAUUAUUUAACAUCGGUGUUGGAAUAAUGUGGUUCUUCAUUACAUCAAACUUCCACUUAAAUGAUGCAUACUUGAACAGGUUCAUUAUUUAUUACCUUCUUCUUACAGCCCUCCUCGCUGCUUUAGCUUGCUUCUGGCCAUUUGUAACAAAGAAGGUUUUCGGAGCUCAUCUUGUUGCUAACAACUUCGAUGAAAAGCAGGAAACACUCCUCUACGUUGUUCUUGCCAUUCUUCAUGCUUGCAUCAUUUCUUUGAUCUUCUGCUUGAACUACAAGAAUUCUACAUCAAUUUCUCAACUCGGCAUGAAUGGAAUUGUUUACUCCAUUGGAAUUUGGUUCUUAAAUGCUUUGAUCGCUUUCGUUAUUGCAAUCUUCAUUGCUAAUGGCGGCAACAGCAAGACACCAGCUUCAAUGGUCACACCAAUCUCAGCUGAUUCUGCAUACAGCUCAGUUGCCUAA